UAAGGGUGCAAAAUACCAAAAGACUCAAUUUCAAGGGUGCAAAGUGGAAUUAAGUGGGGAGGGGCCAUGCUUAACCUGGAGAUUAUAACCGAGUCCCUUACCACAUUACACGCGGCAGUCAUUUUAAAAUUUAAUUAAUUUUUAACAUUUAUUCUAAUUAUCAAUUAAUCCAUAAAUAAUAAAUUAUAUUUAGUAGAAACGAAAAUCUAAAUUACAUAAAAUGUGGGAUUCUGUUAACUACAGUUUAGCAAAUAAUUAAUUUCGAAAAAUAAAAUCACCUAUUAGAAAUAAAAAUUAAUUAAAACUAAAAUGUCUGGCACGUGUCAAGGAACUUUAAAUUAACUAAUAUAAAUAUAAACUAACCCCCUAAACCUAAGGACACACCAAAUCAAAGAAAAACAAAAAAUAGAAAUUCAGUUUAAAAGUUAGAGAGAUUGUUGCAUGCAAUCUCUCAACAGUUUCUCUCGUCACUUACAAAUUUCAGGGAUAUAUAUAUAUAUAUAUAUAUGUACACGUCAGCAAUCGAAAAAAAAGCUCAUUUGCAGCAAAUUAAUUGAAGAACAAAUUGCAGAUGGAGUCUGCAUCACAGAAUCAACAAUGGCAGCAGCCAACACAAACUACAUCCACAAGAACAUUGUUCAACGGCCUCAACACUUUAACAGGCAUCGGUAUGGUAUCGAUAUCGUACGCCCUCUCGCAGGGCGGAUGGAUAUCGCUAGUGAUGUUUCUUGUAAUUGCCUCGAUUUGUUUCUACACGGCUUUACUGUUGCAGCAGUGCAUGGACGCAAACCCUACGAUCAAAACCUAUCCCGAUAUCGGCGCGCACGCAUUCGGGCGAAAGGGGAGAGUGGUUAUUUCCAUUUUCAUCUACCUCGAGCUUUUCCUAAUCGCGGUCGAGUUCCUUAUACUCGAGGGCGACAACUUGCACAAUUUAUUUCCGAACGUGUGUCUCCGUAUUUUUGGUAGAAUGAUCGGAGGGAAAAAAGUGUUUAUUAUGAUGACGGCGCUCGUGGUGCUGCCGACGACGUGGCUAAACGAUCUAUCGCUUUUAGCUUACGUUUCCGCGAGCGGCAUUUCGGCUUCUGUUAUCCUUCUCGGCGUCGUCCUGUGGAUCGGCGCGUUUGAGGGGGUUGGAUUUAGUGGGAACGGAGUUCUUUGUAGUAAUUACACUGGGAUGCUAACGACCGUUAGCGUGUAUACGUUUUGUUUCUCCGGUCAUCCGGUUUUUCCUACUCUAUAUUCUUCGAUGAGAAACAAAGACCAAUUCCGAAAGGUUUUGUUCAUUUGCUUUAGUUUGAGCGCCGUGAGCUACGGAUCGAUGGCGGUGAUAGGGUAUUUGAUGUACGGGGAGAAUUUGGUGUCGCAAAUAACGUUAAAUCUUCCUAGGAGAAACAUAAGUUCGGAGGUCGCGAUUUACAUAACCCUAAUUAUUCCCAUCGCGAAAUACGCUAUAAUACUCUCCCCGAUCAUCGCGGCCCUCGAAAAAACGGCGAUCCCGCAAGACAAGAACAUGGGGUUAAUUCGUCUAGCAAUUAGAACAUCGUUAGUCGUUUGCACUUGUAUCGUAGCGUUGGUCGUCCCGUUUUUCGGGUACGUGAUGGCAUUCAUCGGGGCGUUACUUUGCAGUUGUGCUUCGUUCUUGUUUCCGUGCAUAUGCUACGUUAAGAUCCAUAAAGCGUAUCGACGCUUCGGGGUGGAGUUGAUUUUCAUCGCGGCUAUCGUGCUUUUGGGUGUUUUUGUUGCGGUGACGGGCACUUUUACGUCCGUGAGAGACAUUGUAAAACAUGCAUAAAUAUAUAUAUCUCGUAAUUUUUAAACACUUAUGUUACAAUCUUAGUAUGAAUCUCUUUUGGCUAAAUACUAUUUAUUUGGAUGAAUUUAUUGAAUUUUUUUCAAAUUGUCAAACUAGUUUUCCAGUUAAUUUAGUGGAUUUUUAACUAUUUU